AUGGUGGCUAUAAUUCGCGUCAGCGAGCAUUCCAAGUCCUUUUUGCGUGCAUGGACACCUGCUAUUCUGCGACCCGAUUACUGCUGGCCGCGACCGAUCCAGGCCAAACUAUCCACAACAACACCUCCAACUCCGCCGGUGACUCGUCCGGCGAUCCGACGGUUCUGGGGGCUCGUGCAUCGCCUGUUAGCCUGGUUUUCGAGGAUGUAUGUCGUUUGGUUCGACGAAAAACCCGGGUUCUGGGGAUAUCAGGAUCACAUCUAUCAUCUCCCGUUUGGGCUGUUGCUAAAAUGGUCAGAGCAUGCCAGUAUAGAAGAGGCGGUUGCUACACAGAUGGUGCGCGCCGCAGGAAUGCCGGCCCCGAAGGUGUUGUGUUACGGGGAACACCCGAACAAUAAUUCGCGGUUUUCGAUCUUGAUGACCCGGCUUCCAGGACACGACCUCCAAAAUCACAGAGAACCAUUCAAUCCGGACGAGGAGGGGCCCUGGAUGGACGAAUUAAAGAGGUGUCUUGACGCGAUGCGCAGCUGGAAGAGUCCCUUUGGCGACUCCCGCAUCUGUUCCCCGAUAGGCACCGCCAUCCGGACCAUCCGUGUCCCCAGACACGUCAUGGGUCCUUUCGAAACUGAGGCCGAGCUUCAUGACUAUCUCCUGAGCGCUUCUUCAGAUCAUACACACAACUCCCGUGCAGAGUACGAGGCGGACCAGGCCUUGGCGAGAAAAAUAUACGAUAUGCCUCACCGCGUUGUGUUUACUCAGGGCGAUUUCAAGGCUCACAACAUUCGCAUCAGCGAGGAUGCCCACCUAACAGGCUUCAUAGACUGGGAAAGUGCUGGCUGGUGUCCAGAGUACUGGGAAUUUACGACCUCGAUGAGGUGGGGGUUUGGUACUUGGUGGUACCAAGUUACGAAUUUCUUGGGGGGACACCAAUAUUUGGAGGAGCUAAAGUGCGACAAGGCCUUGAAUAGUCUGACAGUUGACUCCUAUGCUUUUGACUGA